GUAAUAAGUUCCAUAUAUCAGGUGUCAGGGCAUCAUUAGAAGUUCAGUUGUAACAGAAUGAGCGUUGUAAUUCCAAAAGAGGAAGAGUUCCGAAGGCAAUACAGGCCGAGGCUCUGGUGUAAAAGGCUCCCAGAAAAUGUAGUCGUGAAUAGACACAUGGAAGUCACAAGUGAAGCGAGUGAGACAAACAGGAAGUGCAUUCCAUUCGAAUCGGAUGUAUCUUAUGGAAGUAAGAAAACUGAAUUAGUGGACAUUUAUGGAAAGGACUCUGUACCUAAAGAUGCACCAAUAUUUGUUUACAUACAUGGAGGCUACUGGUAUAUGAUUGAAAAGAAUGUAUCAAGUUACUGUGCAAGACCUCUUUGGAAGAAUGGAAUCAGGGUCUUUGUUCCUGAUUAUGAUCUAGCGCCUGGAGCUACAAUGAAAGAGAUGGUAACACAGAUUCAGAAGAUGGCAAAGUUUGUUCUAGAGUAUGCUGUGAGAAAUGGAUCCAAGUCAGUUUGGUUUGGAGGACAUUCUGCAGGUGGUCACUUGUCAGCUUCGCUACUUGAUGAAAAUUGGCUGAAAAGUGUAGAUAAACCAAUGAGGGAUGUCUUUAAAGGUCUUAUCCUCAUAAGUGGUAUCUAUGACUUGAUCCCCAUCUUGAGGACGGAAUUUAACGAUUAUACAAAAAUGAGCUACGAAGAUGCUGUUGAAAAUAGCCCAGUCACCAAAGUAACAGAUUUUAUAGGAAAAUUAUUAAUUAAUCCAGAUUUUAAAGUUUUGUUUGUGCUAGCGGAAAAUGAUUCAGAAGCUUUCAAACAACAAUCAUGCCAGUACUUCAAGUUAUUGAAAAAAGUACAAAUUGAAGCUGAAUAUUUUCUUAUACCUGAAGUAGAUCAUUUUGAUAUGGUUGAAAAUCUUAAUGAAGAAUCUUUUAUCUUAACUAAACGCUUGAUAUCGCUGGUUAAGGGUUUGGAGUAAAAAAAAAUAUGUAAGAAAAGUUGUUACG